GUAACGUACUUAAUAUAUUGUAGAUACUACAAAUAGUUUGCGGAUAUUCUGUUAGUAAUGGUAUCUGCGCUCAUAUCCAAAUUGCAGCAUUGACAUCACUUAUGUGUGUUGCAGUCUUGUAACAUGUAUGGAGAGCAUUAUACAUAAAGUUUGUUUCGUGAUGUUGGCGGGUUCUACGCUAAAUAUGUGCCUACUUGGAUACUAUGUGAUAAUGGUAUGCUGGAGAAAAUUACGUCAUCAAGACUCUGUUUUUAAUAAAAUUGAAUAAUUGUAUUAAAAGUAAAUAUAAAAAUUCACAUAACAUUGACAUUUAAAAAACAAUUUUAAAAAAUUUUAUACUUUACAUACAGACUAUUAAAAUUUUCCAGAAUUGGGGAGCAUUUGAUACAGAAAAAUAGUGUCAUAUAUUACGUUAUAUAUAUUUAGUGUCAUAUAUUACAUUAUAUAUAUUUAGUGUCGUUCAAUAUAUUCAUCUUUUGUUACAUCGGCGAGAUUUUGACAGACCAGGUAACACAUUUUGAAGUCAACAUAAGUUUUGCAAUAUUUAAAAAUUAUUUUGUUUUGUAUAAUGUAAUUAUCUUGUCUUAAAUAUAAAGAUAAUAAAUUACUACAUUUACACUAUUAAAUCAGUUAAAUAUUUUAAUAUAAUUACUGUAUUCUCAUUUAAAUUCUUUAAUACUUUUUUUUUACAUAUUAAAACAAUUUUUCUCAGAGUUUUGUCAUCUUCACUUAAUGUGACAUAAUUGACAUAUUAUCAAACCCUUAAUUCAAGAACCCUCAGUUUAAUACAGUGUAAAACAGUCAGCGAAACAACUUACAUGACCAACUGGCAUCAAGUACCACGUAACACUGUGCUUGGACUUAUAUUGGUUAUUUUGCGAUCGAGUGAAGUUAUCAAAAUUAGCGUAAAAUUCCGUCUACUCGCUUCAUGAUUAUGAGGAUUACGAGGAUACUUUAGUUAAAAGGAUUCAGGCACUAUUUUUAUAUACAAGAAAGUAGAGUGCCAUGUAUAUAUAUUUUCGUUAUCACUUUACACAAAAUCUGCUGUUGUUAACUGCUAUUUCAGGUCAGUUUGAUGCGAUUAUAUACCACUUACAAUAAAAGACGCAACAUAGAUCGCUCAGUUUAGUGAUUCAAUGUAUGCGAGCAUAUUUGCAACAAUGUUACUGAAGUAAGUAGGAGUCCGACGAUAUCAGUCACGAACACUCGCAACAUUGUUACCCAAGUAACAAGUCCGAUAGCUUUAGUCAAUCGAUUAGCUUCUCUGUCAUGCUAGACCAUCUCUCACUCUCGCGCAGACGCCACGGUGACUACGAGGCUCGCUCUUACGUGAUAUUCGAUUAGUAGUCGUUGUGCCAGCGUGCGAUCGUCAUGUGUCAGUCGGUGAUCAAGGAUCUACACGAUCACAGCGUGCAGCUGAAUCGGUGGUUCCUCAAGCCAUUAGGCGCGUGGCCGCGAUCUGCUACGACUUCUAAGAAUGAGCGAACUCUGUCCUACGUCCUGAUAUUCGUCUGCUAUUUCCUGAUCGCCUUCACCGCGGUGCCGUGCGCGCUCAACGUCUUUUUCGAGGAGAGAGACAUCGUGCUGAAGCUCAGGGCGAUUGGCCCGCUCAGUCAUUGGAUCAUGGGCGCGAUGAAUUAUUGCUCUCUGCUGCUGCGUAGCGCAGAUAUACGCCGUUGCGUGCAGCACAUGCAAAGAGAUUGGCAGAUCAUCAAGCAUACGCGUGAUCGCGAGAUCAUGGCGAGGAACGCGCAAUUGGGCCGGCUUGUUGCAGGUUUCUGCGCGGUAUUCAUGCACGGUGGCGUGUUCUCCUACAAUAUCGUGUGCGGGAUGACGACAGUAGUGGUACCGAUUGGAGAUAAUCGGAGCGUGGAGAUGAUCCAGUUGCCGGUUCCGUCGUACAGCAAAUUUAUAGACGCCAGAUUCAGCCCGGCGAACGAGAUUGUGCUGAUGACGCAGGUGCUCUCCACUUUCGUAGUGAACUCCACCACUGUUAGCGCGUGCAGCCUGGCCGCCGUUUUCGCCAUGCACGCGUGUGGCCAGCUGGAUAUCUUGAUGGCACGAUUAAAUAGGCUUGUCGAAGGUGAAGACUCGAGGACCAGUGAAUCGCUCCAGCGGAGACUGGCCAAUAUCGUUGAUCAUCACUUACGUGUUUUAAGUUUUAUAGCGCGUAUCGAAGACGUUAUGCAUCAAAUAUGUCUGGUAGAAUUACUCGGAUGUACAUUUAACUUGUGUAUGCUUGGAUAUUACACCAUUACGUCGUGGAAUAAUAUUGAUAUAAAAGGUAUAGUGCCGUACAUUAUCGUAUAUAUAUCCAUGACUUUCAAUAUUUUUACAUUUUGCUACAUAGGUGAAAUUCUAACGCAACAGUGUAAGAAUAUUGGCGAAACAGCGUAUAUGACCGAUUGGUACUACUUACCUCACAAGACAGCUCGUAAUUUGAUCUUGAUUAUAUCAAGAUCAAAUGUAGUGAUCAAAAUAACUGCUGGAAAAUUAGUCCAACUUUCCAUCGCCACUUUUAGUGAUCUGUGAAUAUGAAAUUAUUAUUCUACAUCAAAAUCCAUACUUUCGGAGAGAGAGACCGAUUUUCAACUUUCUAUAGAUAAAAUAUGCGAGAUUUGCCAUCCAUAAACAAAACAUCCAUAAAUUGAAUAAAUAUUUAAUACAUUCUAUAUUUCUUUUAUAUUUAUCUAUUACGAAUCAUUAAUAAAAUGCCUAUAGUUCCUAUUUCUUAUUUAUAUUUGUUUAUUGUUUUAAAAUUAAUAUCACAAUUUUUUAAUUAUUAACUUUAUUGUAAACAGAAAGACAUCGUUGUUUUAGGUAAUUUUAAUGGUAUAUUUGAAUAUGUUGCAAACGAUGAGUCCUGCAUAAAACAUGCUUAGGAAAUGCAAAAAGUAAGUUUAAUAUAAAACUGAUAUACUGUUGUCAAGGUAGAAAAAAUUUAAUAAAUAACAAAAUAAUUACAUUAUUAAACAAAUUUUUAUAACUGCACACACGUGGAAAAGAUAUACAAAAA